AGCGCGUACGGCACGUAGAAGGUGUCAAAAUUCUCUUUGGAGUUUACAAUGUCAAGCUGUUUUCUGAGUUGGGCUUUAGCAUUUAAGAGCGGAAAUACCGUGUGGAGUUAUUAAUAAUUGUGGAUGAGGAGGAAAAAAUAAGCUGUCAACAACUACACCAACAUAGCCAUGGACAAUAACAUUUUCAUGUGGCAUGUGGGUGGAUAAACAAACUUGGCAGACUUCGGCUGUAAGCUCCAAUAAAUAAGUCGUUUAUGGAGCACACACGAUGGCGCAUCCUCAGGGUUACCUGUACCAGCCGUUGGCACCCUACCCAUGUGUCCCGAACUACAAUUCAGGAGUGAUCGCCGGACCUAGACCUGAGGAAAUUGGGAGAUCCUCUGACUCAGCCUUCGCUCCGUAUGUUGGACCUGGCAUCUCGACUCAGUCGGCCAGUUUGAACAAUGUCCAGUUCAGGACGGAGGCAGGAAGCGCGUUAUUCUCUUCAUUUAUGGGAACUCCACUUGACCACACGUCAAGCAUGACUGGGUCUUUAGGGUAUCACCCAUAUGUCGGGGCGCUCGGUGCGUAUCCCUUUGGAGACCCCACUUACCGGAAAAAUGCCACCAGGGAUGCCACUGCCACACUCAAAGCCUGGCUUAACGAACACCGAAAAAAUCCAUACCCAACUAAGGGUGAGAAAAUCAUGCUGGCCAUCAUCACCAAAAUGACUCUCACCCAGGUGUCUACCUGGUUUGCCAACGCCAGGCGGAGGCUUAAAAAAGAGAAUAAGGUGACAUGGACACCGCGCGCCCAGAGUGAGGACGAAGAUGAGGAUGACCACAUUGAUUUGGAAAAACACGAUGACGACACGGAACUUGUAAAGGCCACUGAGAUGUGCGGCUCAACUCUCAACUCAGAAUACCAAAAACACAAACCAAGAAAAAUAGGCGAUAUCUAUGACGAGGACACGAGGACAACUGAACCGAUUUCCAGUCAUCCAGAACAAAAAAACAAGGAACGUAAUUUACAAGAGGCUCCCAGCACUUCUCCAGAGCUGGACACUUUUGCGCAUGAGAAACCGUCGCGAACGGAUGUGUCACCAUACGCGCAGUCGUCCGUUAAUGGGAGGGUUACCCAAACACCUGUCCUGGUAUUGUCACCGCCCCCAAACCCCAAACCUAAACUGUGGUCGCUCGCCGAGAUUGCAACCUCUCCGGGUUCAGGGAAUAGCUCGCUCCAGGUCUCUGGAGAGGGUGGUUGCGCAUUGAUAUCCACAAGCGUGCAGUCGUUUUCUCGGCCACCAACACAGUGUCAUUUGCUGAAUAAUGCGAUGUUCCCACGUCACCUGUACUGCACAUCAUCAGUGUAUACGUGUUUUACGAACUAUGGCUCACUAGGGCAUCUAAACGGAUCAGGCACCGGUCCUGCAACCCACUUGAACGGAUUUAACCAGUUAAUUUCACAACGAGCCGACGCUUUUGUGCGGGACAGAAAUCUUUGAGACCACAUGUCCAUGCAUAAUAAUGUACGGUAUAUAACGUAAAUCAAUGAAUUUGCUGGAAACUGAUAUUGCCAACAAUCCACUUUAUGCCUUCAAUUGUGGUCAGCAAGAUAGCCCACUGAGUGACUGCAGGUCUGGAUCUUGCGAAGGCAGGGUAAACGAUGGUUCACAAACCAAUAACAAUGGACUUCGCUCGCAUGUUUGUUCCUUCUCUUUGGGUCAGCUGAACAGAAGAAGCGGUUCCCUCUUAGCUCAACUACUCAUUUUGAGCGAUAAAUCCCUCUUAAUCAGCACACCACAUAAGGAAAGUAAAUUAUUUGUUGGGUAAGCUAAUCGUUUAUGUGAACGUUUUUAAUUAAGUACAGACUGAGUUAACAUGCAUAACUUAGGCUAUGCUUGCCAAUGCUUGAAACCGAGUGACUGCCCUAUUGUUUCUUUGAGUUCUGUACAUAUCCUGUACAUGAUUUCAUAUUGAUCCUGUUGGUUUUAGUGUUCAUUUGUAUAAUUUAUUAUUUUUCCAAAACUUUGAUGUGACACACUUCACAUUUCUGUGAAUUGGAUAUAUAUCUGGAUUGGAUAUAUAACUUCAAAAUAAAUACUUAAUACAACAAAUUAUAGCAGAGUGUACUUUAUAGAAAAAAUAUGGCUAGAUACAGAUGAAAUUAUUCUAUUCAGGGACAGUGGCCAUUAAUGCUUGCAGUCAGUGUUCAACAUUCUAGACCGGGAAACACAAAAGUAUUUUAAAACAAAACCAGGCAAUGUGCCAGCUGAUUUGCACUUAUGUUGAACAAAGUGUCUUCUUAACCAACUGUUUAUCUUACAUCCAACUUUUGAAGACAGAACCUCAGAUACCUCAGAACUGCAUCAACUGCAAGGGAGCAAUGGGAUGUCUCAUAUUUAACUUAAAUUAUGUAUGAAUAUAUAUUUUCAUUUACUUUCAAAUGUUAAUAUAAUAAAACAUCACUAUUUCUAGAUCAGACACAUGUUCAUAUGUGCACUGUUUGUAGGUUUAUAGUUUCUAGGUUGAGUGCACUGUUGGCAGGACUUGAAGGAAGAGACGAAUAUCAAUUAUUAUGGCCAAACACGACUUGAUUGGAGCUCAUUUCUGUCUAAUUUCGGUCUAUUUUAUUUUAUACAACAACAAACUGGUAAAAUGAUAAUGCCUGGAUUGAAACAACGAGACAACACACAAAUGGACAGUGAACACUACACAAUGUAGCUCUUUUACCUUAAAAUAAUGGAUUCAAACUUUGACUCUGUCAAUAUCGAUGUAUGCUCAGAGCACCUGGAAUUGCACUAUGUAGCUAUGUUGUUCCAAUCAGGAACAGGACCCUUGCCAUCAGUUUUCACUGAAUUGGGUAAUGGAUACCCCCAAGCACUAAAUCGGUACCCAGUAUGUUGAAAACUGGAAUUCCUUAAUUUGGACAAAAGUGGACAAUGAGUGACAUUUCUUGUAAGGAAAACAAAGUUUAAGAACAAUAAAAGUAGAAACCUUUAAAUAAUAAACUACAUUUGUACAUCCAAUGUGGACUUGUUACAAUUUUAAGAACACAAUUGUUUGUGUAAUCGAAAGGGGUUUCAAGACAGCAGCUUGAAUAGUAAUGGUCCACAACAGGAGAGCUUUAAUAUCACACCUGUUAUGAAGUUCAUUAACAUUAGAAGGCUGGCCAAUUUCAAAUAUAUAAAAAGUUGAAUAACAAGUGAGGAAUAAAAUGUCUUAACAUGGCAAUGAGCUAAUUUUUGUAAAUGAGCUGUAGUCACUUAUCAGCGAUCUCACAUGUCAAAAUCAGAGAAAAGCAAAGAAUUGGUGGACGAUAAGAUGCUUUGCUGGGAGUUGUGCAGUCAAUAAAAUGACUAAAUUUACAUUAUUUUUAGGAGUUUGUAUGAACAAGUUUUAGUUGUCAGUUACCUCAACCUAAGUUAGUGGAUGUCCAUAAGAUGCCUUUGUAGUUUUGAGAGGCAGGUCUAUGAUUGCCAUUGUUUCAUCUUCUUCAUUGAUUUUGCAGACACCUGAAACAAUUGAAAGAAAUGUAGCUAUGUUGUUUUAGAUGGUCAGCUUCUGUUUCCCAUGUGAUUAUCAAUAUUGGAAAUAUAUAAAAAAAAUAUCAGUGGUCUACCACAAUUAUUUACAAUACUUCUUCCACUUGUACUAGUCUAUAGUAGAACAGCUGACUACAGUACAUAACAGUUUCUCUGUAGCUGAGAUACAAUGAAGUAUUGGACAAGCAGGGAGGAUUCUUUUUUAGAAAAUAGAUUAUAAAUGGUAAAUAUCUAUCAACUGCAAGAAUUCCAUUCUAAGUUAGCCAGCUGAUUGAAACACACAAGGAAAAAGGCUACUGCUAAAUAUACAAAUCAUUCUAGGAGCUGUCCAAAAGUAUCAAUCAGAUACAGAAACUGACCCAUCUCAAAGUAACACAUACACACAAUAAACGUCUGUGCUCCUUUAAAUUGAGGGAAUUACAUGAUAACAGCAGACAAUCAUUGGAAGAUGACAUAUACUGAAUAGUGUAACUAUCACUGCAGCGGAAACUGAGCUUGUGUUUGGCAGAAACUGCUUUCAUUAUAUAGCAUGUUCAAAAACCCAAACAGGAGGUGACUUAUCACAUGCUCAUAGCUUCACUAGACUCCAGGAGUAUACGAUUUUCAGCGAUUAGGUGAUCAGGCGAUUUCAGGUGAAUACAAUCAAUAUGUUUUCUCAAAGAGACACAACAGUUCCUGCCAUAGAAUAGGCUUAUGUUGUUGCUGAUGAUGUCAUAAGGCCAUGGAAAUAUACAUAACAAAUGUUGUUCUGAGGAUGGAAACAUUUGUAAAAAAUCAGUUUUUCAUGACUAUGGUUUAUGUAAUAAGGAUUGAUU